AUAAGCAUUUGCGUUUCUACGCGUUUUCGUUUCUUUUACUCUCCGCCAAUUCAAGUCUCUCUCUCUCAUUAAUAGGAAAAAUGUCGGACGGAGGAUUGACGAUUUUGGACGGAACACAGCUCAGAGCCGUUAAUCUAUCGUUACCGUCGCCGGCCGGCAUCUCAGUCACCGGUGCUCAGGUUCUUGACUUCGCAGAAUCCAAAGUCUCAGAGUCACUCUUCGGCUUCUCAUUGCCGGAUGCUCUCAAGUCCGCCGCACUCAAACGCAUCGGCAUCUCCGAUGACCUCGAAUUCCGUAUUGAACAGAUCGAUUGUGAAAAUGCAUUGUCUAUACUCCAAAAUUACGUUGACUCCAUUGCGAACAAGCUCCAAGAUGAUCCUAUAGUCAUUGCAAUUUUGGAUGGCAAAACUCUUCAAGUGUUUUUGGAAGAUGAAGAUGACUUUGCCAUGUUAGCUGAGAAUCUUUUCACAGAUUUAGACACAGAAGAUAGAGGAAAGAUCAAAAGAAAUCAAAUACGGGAUGCUCUCUUUCACAUGGGUGUCGAAAUGGGAAUUCCUCCUCUUUCAGAGUUCCCUCUACUAAGUGACAUUUUAAAGAGGCAUAGAGCUGAAGGAGAGGAUGAAUUGGGGCAAGCCCAAUUCGCACAUUUACUUCAACCUGUGCUUCAGGAGCUGGCAGAUGUUCUUGCUGAGAAGCCUGUGGUUGUGUUGCAGAAAAUCAAGAUCAAUAAUGGUUCCAAAUUGAGAAAGAUUUUGGCUGAUGAAAAGCAACUAAGUGAGACAGUAGAGAAGAUAAUGCAGGAAGAGAAAGACGGUCUAAGUAUAAAAGAUGUCAUUCGACAUUAUCUUGAGAAAAAUGGAGCAUCAUUGGGCUUGCCACCUCUGAAGAAUGAUGAAGUGGUGAUUCUUCUAUAUGAUGCUGUAUUAGGUGAUAUAGAAAAUGGAGACACUGAUGCAAAAACAUCAGAGAAAGAUGAAUUCUUGGUUUUUCUGAAGGAGAUCCUUGACAAGUUUGCUGCUCAACUUGAAGUUAACCCAACUUUUCAUGAUCUUGGCAAUUGAAGGUAUAUUGAUGCGCCUUCAAUAUAAGUUAUUCCAGAAAAGUUCACAAACUCAUCCCAUGAAAUUUAUCUCAUAUUUUGACUCAACUUAUUAUUAAAUUUCUUCUACUUUAAAUGUGUUCCUAUAUAGUUUCAA